AUGAUGCAUGCUACUGAUCGCAAGGCUGCCAUGUUAUUGAUGACGCCAAUGCGUGAUGCAAGAAUAAGCGGACCAGCCUUGAGGACUGCCCACCACGAAGUUGGUUCUUACUUGGCACGCGAAUUUGUGGUGCACAUGAUCGGUGUUGAAACAUACUCUAUUCCACAUGUGCAAGGAAAUGAUACCCAAGGCUUUCGACUUCUGAAUGAGGCUCAGACACUGAUAGUAGCUUUGAUGCGUGGUGGAGAACCCAUGGCGCUCGGUGUCAGUGCUGUAUUCCCCCUUGCUUCCUUCCUGCACGCCAAAGUGCCCAAGACCAUUACCAAAGAACACCUGAAUGGAAUGAAGGCGAUCAUUUUGCUCGAUUCAGUCAACACAGGAGGCUCGGUGGUAGAAUUCAUACAGUUUGUGCGGGCAGCCGAUAAUAACAUUCGCAUUGUGGUCGUGGCGGGUGUCAUACAAGCAAGUUCCAUCUCCAAAUUCAAGAAGGAGGUGCGAGAAGGCCCCGACAAUUUGAGCCUUGCUGCCUUUCGGAUUUCGCACAACGAGUUCAAGGGCCAGGGCGGGACUGAUACUGGAAACCGACUAUUCAACACUACCUACAUGGAUUAG